AUGCGCCAGCCGCUGCAUCUGCUGCGCGCCCUCCUGCGCGAAGCCUCGUAUCUGCCCGAUGCCACUGCGCGCGCCUACUUCCGCCGCUACAUCGUCGCCCGCUUCAAGGCCUACCAGCCCCAACACCAUGCAACCGCCUCUGCCGCCGCCUCCGCCGUCGCCCGGUACAGGCAUGCCGCCUUCAAGCGCCGCCCGCCCGCCCUCAUCCACGCCCGCGCCCGCCCGCUGCUGCGAAAGGCGCACAAGGGCCUGAAUUUCCUGCGCCGCGCCAACCACGGCGAGCUGCCCUGCCUGCACAAGGUCCUCUUCUUUGCCUAUGGCCGCCUGGGCCGCCGCAAGUACGCCCUGCUGGCCAGCCUCCUCAGGCCCGACGCUGCCAUGGACGGCGACGCCCGCCCCAAGCCGCUGCAGAAGCUCUACCACAGCACCAGCCGCUACCUCGCCUUCUUCGACGCCCCCGUGCCCGCCUCCAAGACGCACUACACCAUCGCCAUCUCGCACCGCUUCGGCCGCCUGCGCGCCGUCCUCCGCUCCCAGCACCAAAAGGGCCUCGCCAUCCACCGCGAGCUCAAGGGCCCCGCCAUGAAGACGCCCAUCCACAACAUAUGGGAGCGGCCCAUGCCCAUCAAGCGCGCGCGCAACAAUGUGCGCCGCUGGUAUGCAGAGACGAUGACGAGAUUGCUGCCGCCUCUGCCCAACGACGAAUGGGACAGGGUGCAUGCCAUGAUGGUCGGCGACCAGCCCAUUGACUUGGUCAAGCGCAGGACCCGGACCGCUGUCUUGGAGCCUGCGCCCGCCGCCCACGCCCACGCCCUCGCCCUCGCCAGCACCGUCAACGAAGCCAUGGCCCUGGACAAGCCUAGCAGAGCCGACAGGCCCGCUGGCAUGCAGCGCCCGCAUGCCAUCACGCCCAAGUUCAUGCGACGACUCUACACCAAGCUCCUCGUGCUCUGCUGCAAGCUCGAUUACAAUGACCAACUCAAGCAAUGGAAAGUCACCUGGGGCACCCCCAACAAGACCAUCAAGCCCAGUCUCUACCAUGCGCCCGUUGACCAAGACCUCUUUGCUGGCGUCGAUGCCACGGGACGCGUUCCCAAGCCGCCCAAAAAACAUGCCCUCGACAAAUCUGCUCACGUGCAGCCCCGCAACGCCGACGGAGAAUACAUGCGCUUCCCCUUUUUCGCCGAGUUUCUUCCUACAACCAACCCGCUUCGCAAAGAAUUGGACGAGUGGAAAAGGAAGCGAGCUGCUGCUGCGGCUGCGGCUGGGCGCGCGCACAAGGAGAAAGUGUCGUGAGCGGGGCCCCAAAACAGACAUGGAUGUAGCCCACCCAGUCGCCUACUUGCUAGCCCCGCAACGCGACAUGUAGGGCGUGUAUUGCUCGCUGCCAUAAAACCCAGGCAUUGGCCCGACAUUCGCAAAAACACUAGCAACAUUUUUUUUUAUUUAGACUCCUACAAUGGCCUCAAGCAGCGCAACAAUCCGCCACGCACGUCGCCAAGACGUGCCGACCAUUCUGGCCCUCGUAUGCGAACUUGCCGAAUACGAAUCAGCCAGUGACAAGGUCGAGGCUACCGAGGAGAUCCUCACGCGCACCCUUGCGCACUACGACCCCUCUACCGCUACAUUCUCCGAGGGCUUCGCUCGCACGCUCCUCAUCACCG